UUGAACAUUCUAGAUUGAACCUUGAUCACCUUAUAUCAAUUAUCAUUGCCCAUGGAUCAAUCCUUAGCAUUUGAAAGUUCUUGCACUUAUUUCUUGAUUGGAUUUGAGAUCACCUUGUUUAUAUUUCUAGGAUAUUAGCUUGUUACAAAUCAUCCAUCUUCUUGUUUGCUUAGAUUAGGAAAGUUUGUGUAUUCUUGGUGUUAUAGAUCACUAGUUCCUUGUGGAUUCGAUCCUAAAAUGCUACAAUGACAUACCAUUCGAUUGUGGUAUUGAUGGCACAUUAGGUUAAUUGGUGUGUGCUUAAACGCGUAAUCAGUUUCCUUUAUGCUUGGCUGAGGUGGCAUCUGUGGCGUACCAGUCGCUAACCUGGAUGUUGGCCCUAUCUUUUUCGCUCUCUGGUAUGGGCAACUGCUCUGUUUCAGGUUGCGCCUUCUCUCUGGUUUCGUUUUACUGCAGGUCUUAAGUGAAGCUUGAGUGCUGGGAAGCUUCAGAACUAUCUAUCCGGUUUUCGGAUACAACUGCAGCCAAGAUUUCCAUGAGCUUGUAGUGGUCAAUAGGUUCCAGAUUUUCUUGUGGACCGCUGCCGUUAGACCGCAGCAUCCCGGUUCUAUUGUUCCGGUCGCUUGACCAUGAUAUGGUAGCUUUGGUAUUUUUCUUUUCGCUUUCAGGGUUGUUGACCUGUCGAUUGUUGUUGCGGCUAUCUUUUUUUCCGUUGUUUUAGCUUUAGUUGUCUUGGUAGUGUCGAGUUGGGUUACUCGUACACGGUUCGGAUCAUGAAUUUGAAUGUCUUAAAAUCUCGUUAGGUUCGUGUCAUGAAGCGUCGUCGGUCUUUGUUGGGUUCGUGCUAAGAUAGGUGUUGUCAGUCUCUGCUGAGUUCGGGUGAUGAGUCUUUUCAGUCUCUAGACUUGAUUGUACUUAAAGCAUCGUCGGGAGCCAUACCUUGAAAUGUCGUCAGGAGUCUAGGAUUCAUGUGAAUUGGCGUCGUUAGAGUUAUUAUUCACUUUGGUGUGAUGGUUGUAGAUCAGAUAUUUUAGCACUAAAAUUAUUCCUCCAAUUGUUAGUUCUAAUGUAUUGUUCUUUAAGUCUUUUUCUAUUUUUUUGGACUUAAACAACUUGUAAUCUUGUAUGAUUUUCAUCCUUAAUGAAUAUUUAUUUUUUUAGCAAAAAAAAACUAAAAAGAGAAAUCCAUACAGUUUUGGCGCGUUAUGGAAAGCUCUAUACUUUUGUAAACACCACCUCUCUGCGAUGAGUUUUUGAAAUAAGUUUCUAGAAGAAUUAUGCCAAUUAUUGCCAAAAAAACGUCACUAUUUUGCAUUUUUUUUGUCGUCAAAGUAGAAUUGAGGCUUAAAAAAGUAGUGUAUUUAAUUGGUUCACUAUUACUCCAUUUAUAACACAUUUAGAAACAAAUAAAAUAAUAACAGAGAACACUAGUUUUGGCGCAUUCUAUAGAAAAAAAAAAAACUCCAUACUCUCUAAUCUUUAUCCUGUCUCCGUCGCGUAGUUCAAAAAGAUUUCCUCUGAUCAUCUUUAAGUAUCUCUCUCCCUCCCCCUCAUCUUUUCCUAACUCUUGCCUUCCAUCUUUUCUCGAUCCCUCCUGUCACGGAACAUGAACACUUCAUCGCCGUUGAAAGUCUUUGCUUCUCCUCCUCUCAUUUCUACUCCAAGAACAACUUUAAAAGCUUCCUCUGCCCCUAAAUCUUCUCCUAAACUCCCUAAAAGAAUCAGAUGCAUGCAAGAUUCUAACAUCAAUCUUAACUUCGGUUACAAAUCGAAACCAAACCACGAGUUUCCCGUUUCUUUCGCGACGGCUUCCGUUGAAGCACCCCUGGCAACAACAACAAGAACAACAUCGGCCGACGACAAGCUUCGUCUCCUUGUAUCCGAGUUCCGGUCCUUAACCGAACCAAUCGACCGAGUCAAACGUCUCUUGAACUACGCGAUGGAUCUAGCUCCACUCGACGACUCGGCUCGUGUCCCGGAGAACAGAGUCCCGGGAUGCACGACUCAGGUAUGGUUAGACAUCAAGAUGGACGAGUUAGGUAGGAUGAGGUUUAGAGCAGACAGCGAUUCAGAGAUCUCGAAAGGGUUCUGUUCUUGUCUUAUCUGGAUCCUCGACGGUGCUAAACCAGAGGAAGUGAUGAACGUGAGAGGCGAGGACUUGGCGGAGAUGAACGUCGGUGUUCACGGUAAGACUCAAUCACGGGUUAACACGUGGCACAACGUGUUGAUGAGUAUGCAAAAACGGACUAUGGCUCUUGUUGUUGAUGCUGACGUGGGGCACUCAGGAAGAGGCAGAGCACCACCCCAUCAGCAUGAUCUUUUGUUUGGUUAUGCUAAUGGAAGAAGUUACAUGGAAUCUUCCGAGGGUCAGCAUGAUUAUUCCAUUUCGCUUCUUCCUUUGUAUUAUGAUUUCACUAUAUGAAUGUUUUGGUGUUUUCUGUUGAUUGUUGUAAAGCCUUCUGAAACAUAAAUUAAAAGUUUGUGUUUCUGUAUUCUGUAAAUUUUAAUUUUAGUUAUCUAUAUGCAUAUACCAAAGUAUUACGAA